UUGGAUGUUUUUCCUCUCCGCCACUGGCUACUCUAAACCACUAUUGUCAGAUAUUGCGCAGGCGCCCAAGCACAAAACGUACGAACGUAGUGACAGAAUGUCAACAUGGUGAUAAAAAAAUACUUGUUUCAAUAAGAAAAACCUUAAUUACUAGUGCGAAACUCAAACUUUUUCUCCGAGCAUAUCACCUUUCAAACCUCAAAUAUGAUUGAAUCCUGCCCAAAGAAACGCAUGUUGCUCGGCAUCACGUUUUUAGGAAUUUUAACAGUUCUAGUUUUAUUCGUUGAAUCUCAUUGGACAGAAAGUUCGAGCCCCAGCAGGAAACGAACUUUCCCAAUUGAGCAGAACUCGACCUGCUGGGAAAAAGAAAAGUACGAAGUCAUCAAAGACUGUGAACCGUGCUCAGCAUUUGAAAUCGCUAGUCAAAGUAUUGGAGUUUGCGUUCACACUCAUUUUAAGGAAGUUCUACGAUGUGCCAGUGGUGAAACUGUUACAAGAAGUUGUGACAAAGCUGCGUACGUGGACGAGAGAGCUUUCUGGAGGUUUGAGGUUUUUAUGUUCAUCACGGCAGCUGCGUCCACGUUGUGCGUAACAGCCAGGAAAAAAGUUCUCAAUACACGUAUGCUUCACAGAGUACAAAGACAAAUUGCCAAUUGUGUGUAA